GAUAAGAUUAGAAAGGCAUGUAUUAUAUAAGGGAUAUGCAUUUGAUUUGAAUCAUAGAAGAUCGACAAAGUUUUUUUAAACGCCAAACUAUGCAGGUUUCUCUCUUCCUUGCUGUUGUCUGUGCCACUGUUGUUGUCAUCUACAGCGAAAGCUGCCGGGAUGACAGCGAUUGUACUCACGUGACAUGUGAUAGUUCGACAAAGAUUGGCUGUUCUCACGGAGAAUGUACCUGUCUGUCUUCGGCUACUUCCGGUUCAUGCAUCCAAGCCACAUGCGCCGCCCGUUCCGACUGCGACAGCUGUCAUUGUAGAGACAACCGUGACGUACACCACUGCUACGACGGCCACUGUUUGUGUGGACGUGGAUCUGGACCCGGCAUUGGCAAAUAAACGUGGACGUAUUGGGUCAUAAGAGAGAGAGGGAGAGAUCAUGGAUGUCAACUUCUUUAUUAUGAGUAACACAACGUUUCGGAGUAUAUGGUUACUCCUUUCUUCAGAAAGUUUACAUUUUCUCAAUGUCAAACUUCAGCAUUGGAUCACUCAAAUAUGUUCCCUCAAAUGUGUACAAGAAGUGUAAUAAAAUGUAAUAUAGCCA